AUGAGUAAAAGUACUACCCCGUCUGAAGAAUUUGGAUAUCCAAACCUGCCUGUGCGUCAAAAAUCGGACCAAGAAAGUAUUAGUCAGUGCAUCAAAACUCUAAAAAGUCGCAGACCAAACACUUUGGAUUUUUCACCUUUAGCUCUUGGAAAUCAUGACAGAAACCAUAAAACAUAUGCAAAACGACCAACUGUUUUAUCUGUUCAUGAUUCUUUACAGAAAGCUGUUUGCAGUACGAGCGCUUAUUCUUCAUCGGCUAUCUCAGAUUGUCCAAUUAAAAGACCUAACUUUUUACCAAUACCUUCACAAGGAAGUAAAUAUCCAGGUUUUCCGAAACCUAGUGACGGACUCAUGCCUGGAAAUAGCAAGAAUACCAUAUCUACAGUUAAAGCCUCUUCUUUAAAUACUGGAAACAUUGAUGCUAUACAUCCUGAUUCUAUGGGAUUGUUUAUUAAAAAAACACACAGUUGUUAA